UCGCGGUGCAUUGUGGGACAGCAGGCGAAUCACAAUGGCGGCCAAACGAAAUCAACUGAAACUUUUCUGUCUGAGUUUGAUCCUCGUUACGAUUCUUCCUCUUAAGACAUUUACUGACGAAACGGACUUGUCGUGGGAUGAAAAUGGGUACAUUAUUUAUUGUCCCUGUAUGGGUCGGUUUGGAAACCAGGCGGAUCAUUUACUCGGAUCGUUGGCGUUUGCCAAGAUGCUGAACCGGACUUUAGUGGUUCCGCCGUGGAUUAUUUACCGGCACCACGCGCCUCCUACACGAACGUAAGUGCAUGUUCCCUACAGUGAAUAUUUUCAGCUGGAGCCACUAAAGCAGUACCACCGUGUGGUGAGUCUGGAGAACUUCAUGGACCAUAUGGCUCCUACACACUGGCCACCGGGCCGGAGGGUUGCUUACUGCUUUGAGUCUGCUGUCCAGCGGAGUUCUGAUAAGAAGAGCUGCCCUAUGAAGGACGGGAAUCCAUUUGGUCCAUUCUGGGACCACAUUGGAGUUGAAUUUGACCGUUCUGUCCCAUUUGUUGGCCUGUAUUUCAGCUCCUACUAUAUUCCACAUUGGAUUAAAAGGUUUCCCCCAGAGGAGCACCCAGUUCUGGCUCUUGCUGGAGCUCCAGCCCUGUUUCCUGUGAUUGAGGAGCACUUGGGCCUGCAGCGCUAUGUUGUGUGGAGUGAGAUGAUGGUGGAGGAUGGGGAGAAACACAUAAGCACACUGCUUCACAGACCUUAUGUGGGAAUCCAUCUGCGCAUUGGAUCAGACUGGCAAAAUGCCUGCAAGAUGCUGCAGUCCGGCGAUGCAGGUCCCCACUUUAUGGCCUCACCUCAGUGUGUGGGUUAUGACAGACAAACAGCGGUGCCACUCACCAUGACCAUGUGUCUGCCUGACCUAAAGGAAAUCCUGCGUGCCGUCAAGCUCUGGGUGAAAAAUAUCAAAGCUCGGUCUGUCUACAUUGCCACUGAUUCAGAGUCUCACAGCUCUGAUAUUGAGAAAGUCUUCAAAGGAAAGGUAAAGGUGGUCAAUGUAAAACCAGAUGUGGCUCAGCUUGAUUUGUACAUUUUGGGCCAAGCUGACCACUUUAUUGGCAACUGUGUCUCGUCCUUCUCAGCCUUUGUUAAGCGGGAAAGAGAUAUCCACGGCAAGUCGUCCUCCUUCUUUGGCAUGGACUACCCUGUGAAAAAGAAAAGAAAAGAUGAACUUUAGAAACUGUUUUGCACUGAACUGUUUACAAAUGUGAAAGCUGACUUUUCUGUGUGAUCUCAGGUGAAUAGUUUAAAGAAGACUGCGGCGCAGAAUGGAUUUUAGUGUAGAAGUCACAUGUUUCCGUCAAUUCUAUACUGAAGUGAUUUUCAGAUUAGAACAUUCCAUGUUUACCUGUAUUGAAAAACAGUACACAUAUAUAGUAUUCACAGGAUAAUGCCUUUCAUGCUAAUGUCAUCUUGUCAUAAUAUCAUAAACAUGAAAAUUCAACAGUAUAUAUAGCUUUAGAAGCUAGCUGACAUGCUGUGUGUAAUAGUUGUCUUAUUGGAAAGCGAUCCCCCUUAAGGGGCAGUAAAUGAUCCUCUAGAUGCUAAUUAUAGUGAAGUGAGGAACCCAAAUUAGUCACUUGGUUUGUGCUUAAUAACAAACCUGCACACUACAAGGAAGGGAUGCAAGGGUUGUAAUUAUAUAAUUGAGUUGUAUAAGGUAGAUGAAUGUUUUUUGUAAAGAGAAUAAAUUCUACUUUUAAUUUGAA